AGCCCCUCACUCCAGUCCCCCCACACGUGCCAACCGCCUCUUCGAUUCCCAAGAUCGCGUUCGUUUUAAGAAAUCGCCUUCCCGAUUCUUCAUCGGUGCCUUCUUCUUCUUCUUCUUCUUCUUCUUCUUCAUCACGCCAACCAUCACUCUCGAUCCACCGCCAGAGAGAUCGAGCUCCAUCGAUCCACCAUCCGAAAUGCAGUACAAGAACCUCGGGAGAUCUGGGUUGAAGGUCAGCCAGCUCUCCUAUGGCGCCUGGGUGAGCUUCGGCAACCAGCUUGAUGUCAAGGAAGCCAAGAUCCUCCUCCAGUGCUGCCGUGACCACGGUGUUAACUUCUUCGACAACGCUGAGGUCUACGCCAAUGGCCGCGCUGAGGAGAUCAUGGGUCAAGCCAUUCGUGAACUCGGAUGGCGCCGCUCCGACCUCGUCAUUUCCACUAAGAUCUUUUGGGGUGGUCCUGGCCCUAAUGACAAGGGGCUCUCUAGGAAGCACAUCGUUGAGGGUACUCGCGCUUCGCUUAAACGUCUUGAUAUGGAUUAUGUUGAUGUUCUCUAUUGCCAUCGGCCGGAUUCGGCGACGCCGAUUGAGGAGACGGUUCGGGCGAUGAACUAUGUGAUUGAUAAUGGUUGGGCUUUUUAUUGGGGUACUAGUGAGUGGUCUGCGCAGCAGAUCACGGAGGCUUGGGCGGUUGCCAAUCGGCUGGAUCUCGUCGGUCCUAUUGUCGAGCAACCUGAGUACAAUCUCCUUUCCAGGCACAAGGUUGAAGUUGAAUAUAUGCCUCUUUACAGCGCUUAUGGUGUUGGCCUCACUACAUGGAGUCCAUUAGCAUCAGGGGUCCUCACUGGGAAGUAUACCAAAGGAAACAUUCCUCCUGACAGUCGUUUUGCACUGGAAAAUUACAAGAAUCUUGCAAACAGAUCGCUGGUUGAUGAUGUGCUGAGGAAAGUUAACGGUCUGAAACCCAUAGCUGAGGAGUUGGGGGUUCCUUUGUCGCAACUAGCAAUUGCUUGGUGUGCCUCAAAUCCCCAUGUAUCAUCUGUCAUCACUGGUGCAACCAAGGAGAGCCAGAUUAACGAGAACAUGAAGGCAAUUGAUGUUAUUCCAAUGUUGACUCCUGAUGUGCUCGAAAAGAUCGAGACUGUUGUCCAAAGUAAACCCAAACGACAAGAAUCCUACAGGUAAAUCUCUGAGAGGAUUGAAUACAUGACGAUGCACGAGUUAUUUAACACCAUUCAUGUGUUCUCAUUCUUCCUUUGGUCUUGUUUUCGUUCGGUUUACACCAUUUAUCAUUCACAGUGCUUGUUAUGGAACAAUGUCAUCAUCAUCAUCAUCAUCACUAGUGUUUAACACUGCUCUAUUUAGUCAAGACUGGCUUUUGUUAUUGUUUGUGAAUUGUGACAUUAUUCUAUUUAAUCAAGACUGGUUUUAUUUGAAGACUA